UAGCUAUGCCUGGAGAUCGAGCCCUUUAAACCAGAGGAAAAAAAAAAAAAAAGAAAAAAAACACACCACCACAACACCUCACCACCACAGGGAGAGGAAUUGGACGGUCAAGUAUCAAUUACUGAAGUCACUUACAAAAUUGAGCCCCGUUGUCAGUCUCCUCAAACCGGAGACUUUUUAAAGUUUUGUUUGCCUGACAAAUUAAGAUGCCAUUCAAUGACGGGCAACCCUCCACCUCCACGAGCGAUGACCAGAACAGUGACACUGAAUCCUCAGAGCGAUGUGACAGCAUGACUUCAUCCAGUGACACUGAAUGUUCCCGACUGAGCUUUACCAGUGACUCCUCCAGCAAGCGAAGCUCCCCAGCAUCAAGCCCUCCUAAAAUGGUUACAUUUGAUGACCUUAUGACCUCUGCAAGAGACCUGUCUAACCUGAGUUUGGCACAUGAAAUAGUUGUGAAUAGAAACUUCCAAGUGGAACACCCUGAACUGCCUGAGAAUAGUUUGGAGAGGAAAGUGAAAGAAAUUGUUCACAAGGCAUUUUGGGAUCGCUUGGAGGCAGAACUUAAUGAAGAUCCUCCUAAGUAUGAAUAUGCCAUCAGACUAGUAGGAGAAAUCAAAGAGAUUCUACUCUCAUUCCUCAAUCCUGGUGCAAAUCGACUUCGGAACCAGAUCUGCGAAGUUCUAGACAUGAAUCUCAUACAGCAGCAAGUUGAUAACGAUGCUGUGGACAUCCAUGGACUAGAAAACUACAUUAUUACAGUCAUGGGAAGGCUGUGUGCCCCGGCACGGGAUGAUGAAAUCAAGAAGUUAAAAGAUAUUUCUGACAUUGUCCCAUUGUUUCGGGAGAUUUUUCGUGUGCUGGACAUAAUGAAAAUGGAUAUGGUCAAUUUUACAAUUAAUAACAUUCGACCCCAGCUGCAGAUGCAGUCUAUUGAGUAUGAAAGAACCAAGUUCCAGGCUAUUUUAGACAAGACUCCCAGUGCACUGGACCACACAACUGAGUGGAUGAAGGAGUCCCUUGAUGAAUUAAUGGCUGUAAAACCAUGCACUAGCUCGUCGUCCUCUGGUGCUGAAAACCUUACCAGUGGCAUCCCCAGCCCAAUGUCAGUGUUGAAUAACUUUUACAUUAAACUUUUGGACUGGGACUGCCAGAAGAAAGUGUUGCCGGAGACUCUGAUUACAGAUGAGACCCGCCUCCUAGAGCUCCAAAAAAGCCUGGAGUUGUAUAAGGUAGUAGCAGCUGUGUUGUUGAUAGUCUACAAUGCAAUAGGAGGACCCAUCUCAGGCUUGCCAAUUUUGGCUGACCAGCUAAAAAAGAUCAGUAGUGUUCUUCUUGAAGGGAUUCACAGCAAAUCAUUUAACAUGACUGAGGCACUUGAAAAUGUAAGUGCUCAAAUUUGCACUGCUCUGAAUAAGUCUCUGACUGAGCGAGGUUAUCCUGCACUCCCGGCUCACGUCCAGGUUGCUCUGACAGGGCAGAUCUGCACCAUUGAGCAUAAGGACAACUCUAUCCGUAAUCUCAUUGAUGACAGAGUCCACUCAUACAUGAAACUUAGCAUUGUUCCAAAUUCCCACACCCAGCCACUUGCUGUUCCUGGAGGCCUUGCACUCAUUCAGCCUGAGCUGGAGGUAAUCAGGGCCCAGUUUAACAGCAUCAUCAACUUCAAUAAACAAGUGUACUGUCCCUUUUAUGGAAGGAUCCUGCGGAAAUUGCUGUUAAGUGAAGCACCACAGGGAACUGCAGAAGCUGUAACGCCUGCUGUAACUGCUGAAUGAACAGUUAAUGGGACCAUGCUUAGUAAACCUUGUGCCACUUCCUUCCAUGAAAUUGUGCCGUAGGAUUUUAUUUUAACUGAGAACCAAUUAUACCUGAGAGGCAACUUCUUUCAUUUUUUUUUAGGCGUGGAUGUCACUUGUAAUCUGCAAUGGAUUUUUUUUUUUUUUUUUUUUUUUUUUUUUCUCAAUAUAUAACCUGUCAACUCAUUUCAUCGUGCAUUCAGAAUGUUGGAUAAGUAAAUUAGCCUUUUCAUGCAGUACUAAAAGUUAUAUGGUUUUCAUAAUUAUAUAGAGAGAAAUAUUUAUAUAAACAUAAUUUUGAUUUAAAUGUAUCAGUACCAGACUACUUUUUGGAAUCAAAUUUAGAUGUUUAUGCUUUAUGUAAAAUAUGAAAUUGUAUUGAUAAAUGUUCAUUCUAUAAUCUACUUUUUUGAUAUACACAGUAUAGUUGAAGUUGGGGUUCUUCAUUAUUGCAUCUUUUCUCAUUUUGGGCCCACUUUUUUAGAUAUAUUUGACUAACUUUUCAUGCAUUGUUUAUAAAGGUAAUUUUUGGACAUGUCUGUUAUUAUUCAUUUAUAAGAAAGGGAAACUAUAGGUUGUGUAUAAUAUAAAUAAAUUCCCUCUCCUAGGAUUACUGGUGGGUUUGUUUCCACAACAUAACAUCUGCUCACAGACCCUGGCACCUUUUUGACAUGUGAAAUAAACAAAAGAAAUAUA